AUGUCGCCGCGAGCGUACCCCAGAGGGCCGGACACAAUCCGAGUCCUCGUCGCAACUGACAGUCAUGUCGGAUAUAACGAACGCGAUCCCACCCGAGGCGAUGACAGCUGGAAGACGUUCCAUGAGGUGAUGUGCCUAGCGAAAGAGCAUGAUGUAGACAUGGUGUUGCAUGCUGGAGAUCUUUUCCAUGAGAACAAACCGUCACGAAAGUCAAUGUACCAAGUUAUGCGGACUUUGCGAAUGAAUUGCCUCGGGGACAAACCUUGCGAGCUUGAGAUGUUGAGCGAUGCGAGCGAGAACUUCCAAGGGGUAUUUGAUCAUGUGAAUUAUGAGGACCCAGACAUCAAUGUUGCUAUUCCAGUUUUUGCUAUCCAUGGAAACCAUGACGAUCCAUCUGGAAUUGGUCACUUUGCCGCUCUAGAUCUUCUCCAAGUUUCUGGUUUGAUCAACUAUUACGGCCGGAAUCCUGAAGCCGACAAGGUCUCCAUCAAGCCAGUCCUUCUGCAGAAAGGUCGCACGAAACUUGCAUUAUACGGCAUGAGCAAUAUCCGAGAUGAGAGGAUGUUCCGCACUUUCCGAGAAGGACAAGUCAAGUUCUUUCAACCAGGUACGCAGAAGGACGAGUGGUUCAAUCUAAUGAGCGUCCAUCAAAACCAUCAUGCAUACACGGAAACUGGUUAUCUCCCUGAGAAUUUCCUCCCCGAAUUUGUGGAUCUUGUCGUCUGGGGACACGAGCAUGAAUGCCUCAUCGAACCGCGAUACAACCCAGAAAUGGGGUUCCAUGUUAUCCAGCCCGGUUCUUCAGUAGCAACUUCUCUCAUGCCAGGAGAGGCAGUGCCAAAGCAUGUUUGUAUCCUAAGUAUUACCGGAAAGGAGUUCACUUCUGAAGCCAUUCGCCUCAAAUCGGUACGCCCCUUUGUCAUGAAAGAGAUUGUACUCGCCGAAGAAAGAGCCAUGAAAGAAAAGGAGCUUUGGAGAAUGACUGAGAAUCGGACCAAGGUCACUCAGUAUCUUGAAGGUGUUGUUGAGAAGAUGAUCGAAGAGGCCAAAAUGGAGUGGCUUGAACUUCAAGACGAGCAAGAUGAAGGAGACAGCCUCCAAGUGCCACUUCCACUAGUUCGUCUCCGAGUUGAGUACUCGGCUCCAUCCGGAUCGUUCGACUGUGAAAACCCACAACGUUUCUCAAACCGAUUCCAGACCAAAGUGGCGAACACCAAUGAUGUUGUGCAGUUUUAUCGGAAGAAGAAUGCAGCAAAACGGACCUUAAAGCAGAACGCGGAGCUUCCAGACGAGUCGGUUCUGGCUCAACUUUCGCUCGAUACUGUGAAAGUGGAGAAAUUGGUUAGGGAGUUUCUCGAGGCCCAGUCCCUUACGAUCUUGCCGCAAAACUCUUUCGGGGAUGCUGUCACUCAAUUCGUGGAUAAGGAUGAUAAGCACGCUAUGGAAAUGUUUGUCAACGAGAGUCUGGCAAAUCAGCUGAAGCAUCUGAUGGAGUCGAACGAUGUAGAAGAGGAUGACAUCACAAACGAAAUGGAACAACAUCGGGCGAAGUUAGAAGAACUCUUCGCUUCUGGACAAAUGAAGAAGAGUAAGAAGGCCAGACUCAAGCCAAAGCCAGAUCUAUGGGAUUCUGACCUGGAUGGAGAGUGGGCUGACCAACUUGCGGCACUUAAUCAUACUGAUGCUGAGGAUGUAGAUGAGGAAGCUGCUGCGUCUGCUGCAUCGAAGAGGCCUCCCGCACGAGGACGGAGUAAAGCUGCUGGUACUACUCGCAAAACUGCGACCGCACCUAGGAAAGCGUUAGUUGCUAGAGCUAGACGAGGAGAAAAGAAGGUUGUGGAAGAAGAUGGGGACGAAGAGGAGGAUGACAACAGCGACGUAGUUAUGGGCGAUGAUGACGAUGAAGAGGAUGAUGCGCCGCUCUUCGUGCCGUCAAUCCGAACCGCUGCCAAGAAGGCCUCGACCAAAGCUUCAACGCGAGCCAAAUCGCCAGCUAAGAAGACAACCACACGUGCAUCUAAGCAGUCGACCCUCAACUUCUCUCAAGCUCCCACACAGCGCAGCCAAGUACCGGCGCGCGUAUCUCGGGGAAAGAAGAUACAAGAACCGAGCGAGGACGAGAUAUCUGAUGAUGACGAUGCCUUCGAACCUGUUCCGACUUCUCGAAACAUGAGGAACAGGAGGUAGAUUGUAUGAAGUAUUGUGGUGGAACUCGUUAUGAAUGCUCUGGGAUAACU